GUGGAGGGGUUGUGACCUGAGCGAGAGGAGAUGCCCAAUCAGACGGCUAAGAUCGCAGAGGCCAGAAUGGCCGUGGAGCAGCUGAAGCUGGAGGUCCACAUCGACAGGAUGCAGGUCUCCAAGGCUGCAGCUGAACUCCUGGCGUAUUGCGAGGAACACGCUAAGGAGGAUCCCCUCGUAACUCCCGUCCCGAAUGCCAACAACCCCUUCCGGGACAAGGGCAUGUGUGCCAUCCUCUAGAACAGCCUCACUCAUCAACCCCUUGCCAUCUCGGAAUUGCAAAGUGGACCGUUGGAUUUGCAAAGGGCUUGGUUUGAGGAUGUUGAGAGGCAGAGGGUCACUACACAUUUAUAGCAGGAGAGGAAGAUUCACCGCCAAUUCUGCAAUCGAGUGCGAUUAAAACAUCAUUGAAAAAUUAAA